GCCUCAGGGUCUAAUCUCUAAUCUGUUGCAGGGUCUUUCUGGCAGCGCCACACGCACACAGCGGAGAAACUGGACGGACGCUUGAGAGAAACAUUUUCCUGCGAAUGAUGUCGCCACCGUGGUUGUCAGGACUAGACAGAUUCUCAAUGGCGGUUCCAGUCUUCAUCUCCUGGCUACUCAUUGUUGCUGGGUUGACCUUUACAGAAGGUCUCGAUGUCCAUAAUCAGACGACUUUGGUCACACAUUGCAAUGGCAGUAACAUCAGGCUGAACGAGGCUGACCCCAAGGUUACACCUUCCGAGGUGUACGUCUUCCGGGGCGGGGAGGCGCUGGCAUCAACCACAGUCAACGCUUCGGGGACACUGACGGAUCGCCUCUUCGUGUACCCCGACGGCAGUGUGGUCCUCAACAGUCUGACACUAGACGACCUCGGGAAAUACACCAUAGAACUCAAAGUCCAUGGAUCCAACACAACAAAGAAGACUUUGCGGCUAUUGGUCACAGAGCCCCCACGUACGUCUGACGGAAAACUAUUUGUGUACCGCGAGCCUGCAAAUGGACCCACCGAGCGCGUGCUGUGCGGCACCUUUGAGAGUCGCGGGUAUCCUCCUGCAUCAGCAACGUGGAGGGAUCCCACAGGAAGGAUUUUCCCUAGUAGUAAAUUCAAAGACGGUUUCUUUCAUCUCGACGUGUCGGCGAAGUCCUUCCUACCUGGCAAAUACUGCUGUCAGCUGGACUGUCCCCUCCCACAGUCAUGCUGUCUGAAGGAGGAGUCGCGUCUGACGGAGUGCGCGGAGGUGGAGGUGGUGAAGGACCUGCAGACGGACUCAGAGUGUGACGACGGAUUCGUCCGCCAAGAGCUUACAAGGCUGCAGAAUGGUUGGUCCACUGUGUCCAGCACCGUGCAGCUGCUGCAGGACCGCGAAUCCCAGCGCCACAACUGCAGCCAGAGCAUGGCGUCCGCCAUGACGCAGCUCGUGCACAGUCAGCUGAAGGACCAGCUCGAGGACCACUGGACCCGCGUGAAGGAGUGGGAGUCAACGGUGGGGGUAGGGAAGCUCUCCGUGCUGCAGAGGGAGCUGGAGAUGCGGGUCAACCAGUCGCUAGAGAAGAUAGAGACGCGCAUGACUGGCAGCGUGUCGUCAGUGAGCGAGGAAAAAGAGAAGAAGCUGGAGGAGAAGAUGGUGGAGCUGGAGACCAACUUGGAACUUCGCCUUUCGAUUAUGGCGGAUAACCUGACCAGCUCCCUGCUGGACGCGGCUAGUCUACAGCAGGCGGAUGCAGCGCUGCAGCUGGAGACGAAGAUGAACCGAGCACUGGAAAACCUUGAAAGCACCUUGCUGGGUCACAUCAGCAGAUUGAACCAGUCGGUGGAAUCACUUCGGCCGGUCCCGACGACGACAACUCCGAAACCAGAAUUCGGCUUCAAGACAUGCCAGGACCUUCUGGUCAACAGCUCCAAGUCCGGUGUCUACACCCUGCGACCAGACGGGUACAACACGUAUUCCGUGUACUGCGACAUGCAGACCGACGGGGGAGGCUGGCUGGUGUUCCAGAGAAGACAAGAUGGCAGCGAAGACUUUAACCGCGACUGGGUGGAUUACGAAAACGGUUUUGGUAGCAUCACUGGAGAGUUCUGGCUAGGACUGAAGAAACUGCACUCCAUCACGUCCGCCAGACGCCACAGGCUGCGCGUGGACAUGCGGGACCAUGAAGGAGAGCGGAAGUACGCGGUGUACGACAACUUCCGAGUGGAGAGUCCCAGAGACAACUACCGCUUGACAGUCAGCGGGUUUGCAGGAACAGCAGGUGACAGUUUGGGCGACUCGGCUCGCGGUUACCGGGAUGGGGUGCACAACCGCAUGGCCUUCUCCACCCGCGACCGCGACAACGACCGCAGCGUCAAGUCGUGCGCGCAAACGUACAGCGGCGCGUGGUGGUUCAACGACUGCCACGACUCGAACCUCAACGGCCUGUACAAGACCAGGGGCUCGGACGGCUGGGAUGGCAUCAACUGGUACAGCUUCCGGCGCGACAAGAGAAGCCUGGCCUUCGCGGAAAUGAAGAUCCGACCCUUCUAGAGGCUGCGUCAUCAACCAGGGUGACAUCACACUUGAUAUCAGCUGCCAAAGACGUUACCAAGACAAGAUAUUGCAGGACUGUGGCAAACACACGAACAAGGAAACAAGAACAGCAACUGAGCACAACGCAAUUACAAGUGUUACCUCCCUUACUUUAUCUCCUUGACAGUGUACAGCUUUAAACCAGAAUUGCUCGCGCGCUCCUAGUGACAUUCAUCCACAUAACUAUGUAAUCACAUUUGAAACUUGCUAACGUUACCAAUACAAAAAAAAAAAAAAAAAAACGAAAAGAUGUCAAGUUGAUGCUAAAGAUGAAAGCGCAGCUCAUGCACUCGAUUUCAAUGAUCCAGACAAAACUGUUUUGGAAAGAAGUGAACGAAUAUUUGAUAACUCUCUAGUUUUGCUGUAGUUAACAUUUCUGACCACAAAAAACCCAACAAAUUCUAAUUGUCAGUUUUUGCCUUCAUGUUUGGUUACUGAUUUUGUUCUUACAGCAAUUAAUCUUCCAAAGUAAAUUCAUAUUAAAGAAUGCACUGUGUAAAUCUCCAUUUUCAAGUUUUGCAAUGCCUGAAAAAAAAAAAA